CAUAUCAUUAUAUACUCACUAAUUGUGUAGAAAAUAAACCUGCAAUGUAUUUUUUAAUACUUUUCAAUAGCUUUAUAGCAAUUAGUGCAUUAGAGUUACGGGUAUUUCACGGCGUUGAUUUAGAUCCAAAGCAACACCGGCAUUUGGUACUUCUCGAAAUAAAUGGUUGGUACCCAAAAGACGAUGCAAUUUGCACGGGCUCCAUAAUUAGUGAAGAAUGGAUAAUCACAGCCGCACACUGCGUCGCCAACGAGGGUGAGAUUGAGUCGAUUACCGUGCGACAAUUUAACAAAAAGAUCAACAGGAUUCUAACGCAUGUGAUGCCAUACGAUAUUUUUACACAUUCAUUAUUUAUCAACGAUAUUAAUGCGGUGUCCAAUUUAAAAAAUGAUAUUGCUUUAUUAAAAGCUUCAAAUAGAAUCAUCUUUGAUAAUUAUGUUUCGCCGAUUGAACUAGCACAAGUUCCACCUCAUAUUGGCGAUUCCGUAAUAAUGGCUGGAUAUGGAGUUAACGAGAUCACAAAGAUGAUGCCGCGACAAGGAGUAGCAAAACUUACUAAAUGCCCUAGCGAUGAUUAUGAAGAUCAGUGGUGUAUAUAUGACCAUGUAAAAACUUCACCUGGAGACUCCGGCGGGCCACUGACCCAUAACGGCAAAUUGGUGGGCAUUAUAUCUGGAGGAUAUAAAUGCCUGGGGAAAUUUCAACUACUGCCAUGCUUAACAAAUUAUCCAAAAGUAACAUAUCACUAUGAUUGGAUAUUGAAUGUAAUGAUUUACAACGGAAUGUGUAAUAAUUCAAUAGCAAAUAGUGGAUAUGACAUUGCUUUAUUGAAGACUUCAAAACCACUAGUAUUUGAUGACUACGCUAAGGCGAUUGACCCAGCAAGAGUUUCGCCAAGGAACAAUCAAUGGGCAAUAAUUGCUGGAUACGGACAGAACGAGCUCGGAAAGUCCUUCCCGCGACAAAGUGCAGUUAAAGUUUCGAAAUGUUUUUUCGACAAUUCUGGACGUUUGCUGUGCUCAAACAGAGCAAUGUAUUUUUUAACAUUUUUAAGCGCCUUAAUAGCAAUUAGUGCAUUAGACGUGUCCCGAGUUUAUAAUGGCGUGGAUUUGGAUCCAAUAGAUCAAGGAUAUUUAGUACUCCUGCGUAUUUACACCACAAAUGGCACCAGAAUGAGAUGCAGCGGCUCAAUCCUUACUGCUAAUUGGAUAGUUACCGCCGCGCACUGCUUACAAGCUCAGAGACUGAUUACAAUGGUUUCUGUCGAACAAGACACUAACGAAGUCAGUAGAACAUUAGGUACUGUAAGACCAAAUAAUACUGUAUCUCAUCCAUCAUAUGUUCAUGGUAAAUACUCAAUGGCAAAUACUCAAUACGACAUUGCUUUAUUGAAGAUUUCGAAGCCAAUAUCAUUCGAUGAAUAUGCUAGGCCGAUCGAACUAGCAAGAGUUUCGCCUAGAAACAAUCAAUCGGCGAUCAUAGCUGGAUAUGGAUUAACCGAGCUCGGCGAGUUAUUGCCCCGACGAGGUGUGGUUCGGGUUACUAAGUGUCCUUUUAACCAUUCUGGGUUUCUGUUGUGCUCAAACAGCACGGUAAAAAGCGGACCUGGAGACUCUGGAGGAGCACUGGCGUCAACCGGCAAACUAGUGGGAGUUAUAUCGGGAGUUGCAAAGUAUAUUUGUGAUCUAUAUGAACAAAACGAUCCUGAAUAUCCCUGUACAUCAAUUUAUGUAAAUGUUGCCGCUCAUUCUACAUGGAUAAAGAACGUUACGGGGAUAAGUACGUAG